UUGAAGCGCCGGAGGCGAAUGAGGAAGCCCAUGGCGCAGCGGCGUGGGAAUAACCGAAAAGAGAAAGAUCCCACUUCUCGUAGCAUGAAACCUUUUUUUUUUUUUUAAUAAACCCACUUGUUUCUUGGGUAAACCUUCGCGGGAUAUUGUGGCUGCAUGAGGAGGCUGCCUUGACAAACGCACACCUCUCCGUCGGGAGGAGGAGGACGAUGAAGUGAAGACGACUCUUAUCGAUUAUUAUUUCUGGGGAGUUAUUAUUUUUUUUUCUUCUUUAGCCCCGCAGGUGAUUAACUGUUGCAACUGUGUUUUUGAAAACCGUCACGCCUUUUUGUUUUUUUUGUUUUGGAUACGGCGUCUGGGAAUGACAAGUUGGCGUCUGGGAUUGGUGCCGGAACGGUCUGAGAAGAUGGGCAAUGCUCCUCGUUCCAAGUCUUCGCUGGGAACUGGCCGAUAGAGAAGAUGGGCACCUCUAGUCCGGACAAAUAUUUUCCUCCUGCAUCAUAGGACUUUUUUUUUUUCUUCUUCUUCUUCUUUUUUUUGCAGUGUGCACAGUCAACGUGACCGUGCAGAGCAGUGGCACAUUCCUCAGCGCGUACAGCUUCUAAAGUGGAGCUGAAUGAAUGUGGAUCGUCCCUGUCAUUGACUGGCUCGCGACGGUCGCGUAGGAGCCACACCAAAAAGAAACUUAUCUUGUCGGAGCCACCGAGGGAAUUGCCAUUUCCUUUUCUCCCGCACAUGUGAGUCCAGCGGAGUCCGGCGCGCGCCGCGCGGAGUCGCCAAGGCUGCAGCGCGCAACCCAGUGGUUCCACGGGGCGACGCGUCUCUGCAGCGCGGCCAUCGCCGAGGACGCACCCGCGUUGUCUCUCGUCUCCGUCGCGCGUCGUCCUCCCAAAUGGCCAGUGGAUACUGACUCUCCAUGGUGCGCAGCGGCCAGGUGUCUCCGAGAGGCCGAGGCGACGGCGGUCUUGUUCAGUGAAUCCUGGACACACCUUGUUAAUGUCAGUCAAGAUCUCGGCUGAGUUGCCAUGACGAGCGAGGAGUGUCCUGUGCCGCUGGGGAGCAUUUCCUCAGCAGUGCCAGGGCAGAGCGAGGACUACGGCUCGGCGCAGGCUGAUGACAUAAUUGAGGAAGUGGGACCAGGUGAUGACGUCAGUAUCGGCAGUGACCUGAGCAAUCUGGUGCUGCCCUACCCGGAGCUGGCGCCCGUGGUCUUCUUCUGCCUGAAGCAGACCACCUGUCCUCGCAGCUGGUGCAUCCGCAUGGUCUCCAGCCCGUGGUUCGAGAGGAUUAGCAUCAUGGUGAUCCUGCUCAACUGUGUGACACUGGGCAUGUACCAGCCCUGCGAGAACAUCGACUGCACCUCGGACCGCUGCCAGAUACUGCAGGCCUUCGACGCGUUCAUCUACAUCUUCUUCGCGUUGGAGAUGGUGGUGAAGAUGGUGGCUCUCGGGAUCUUUGGCCGUCGCUGUUACCUGGGGGACACCUGGAACAGGCUGGACUUCUUCAUCGUCAUGGCAGGGAUGGUAGAGUACUCACUGGACCUGCAGAAUAUUAACCUGUCGGCCAUUCGGACGGUGAGGGUUCUUCGGCCGCUCAAAGCCAUCAACAGAGUGCCAAGUAUGCGAAUCCUGGUGAACCUGCUGCUCGACACUCUACCCAUGCUGGGCAACGUGCUGCUGCUCUGCUUCUUCGUCUUCUUCAUCUUCGGCAUCAUUGGCGUGCAGCUGUGGGCGGGGCUGCUGAGGAACCGCUGCUAUCUCGAGGAGAACUUCACCCUGUCUUCAGGUAUGACUCCGCCAGUUCCAUACUAUCAGAUAGAGGAGGACGACGAACGGCCCUUCAUCUGCUCCUUGCCGUCGGACAACGGCAUCAUGUCGUGUUCCGACGUGCCGGCGAGGCGUGAAGGAGGCCGCACCUGCUGCCUGGACAAGGAGGACGCGCUCCACAGACAGUCUCUGGGCCUGAGUCUUGAGCCACUGGCCAACGGCAGCGGUGCUGGUGAAGCAAUUGGUCUGUGCAUCAACUGGAACCAGUAUUACACACGCUGCCACACAGGGAGUAGUAACCCCCACAAAGGCGCCAUCAACUUUGACAACAUUGUCUAUGCCUGGAUUGUGAUUUUUCAGGUGAUCACUCUGGAGGGCUGGGUCGAGAUCAUGUACUACGUAAUGGAUGCCCACUCCUUUUACAAUUUCAUCUACUUCAUCUUACUCAUCAUCAUUGGCUCGUUCUUCAUGAUCAACCUGUGCCUGGUGGUUAUCGCCACCCAGUUCUCAGAGACCAAACAGCGGGAGCACCAGCUGAUGCAGGAGCAAAGGGCACAGUGCCUGUCUUCGUCCACGCUGGCCAGCAUGGCCGAGCCGGGAGAUUGCUACGAGGAGAUCUUCCAGCUGGUGUGCCAUGUCCUCCGCAAGGCCAAGAGGAGAUCGACAGCGCUCUACUACACGCUGAGGGGCAAACCCCCGCCAGCUGGUGGAGGCAGGGGUAACAGGCGCGCCGGGGGGAAUAUGAACGGGGAGCGGCAUCACGCGAGGCACCCGAGAUCAUCCCAGUGUCCGCACCAGAGCAAGCAAGACCACGGCUCUCAGCCGGUCGCCAACUCCAUCAGUCUUUCUGUCCCGCAAAAUCCAGAGGACUGCCCCAUAUGUGCGCUGUCGCUCAAAGAGGGGGCAAGACCUGUGCGAGACUCCGUCAAGCACGAGGACGAUGAGGAGGGUGCUGUGAAAGAAACGGACAAGGAGGAGAACCACUUAGAGGACAGGGCAGAUGGGGAGAGGAAGAGGACAUGCUUCGGGCAUUGUCGGGACGCUUGGAAUGGUAUGAGGAGGAGACUUUGGGGUAUCGUGGAGAGCAAGUACUUCAGCAGGGGCAUUAUGAUCGCCAUUCUCAUCAACACCAUCAGCAUGGGCAUCGAGCAUCACAACCAGCCCGACGAGCUGACCAAUGUGCUGGAGAUCUGCAACAUCGUCUUCACCAGCAUGUUCACGCUGGAGAUGAUCCUCAAGUUGACUGCGUUUGGCUUCUUCGAGUACCUGAGGAAUCCCUAUAACAUAUUUGACGGCAUCAUUGUUAUCAUCAGUGUGUGUGAGAUCAUCGGCCAGGCAGACGGCGGGCUGUCAGUGCUGAGGACCUUCCGGCUGCUGAGGGUCAUUAAGCUGGUGCGGUUCAUGCCGGCGCUGAGGCGGCAGCUGGUGGUGCUGAUGAAGACGAUGGACAACGUGGCCACCUUCUGUAUGCUGCUCAUGCUGUUCAUCUUCAUCUUCAGUAUCCUGGGGAUGCAUAUAUUUGGUUGUAAGUUCAGUCUGAAGACGGAGGCAGGAGACACGGUGCCUGACAGGAAGAACUUUGACUCGCUGCUCUGGGCCAUUGUCACUGUCUUUCAGAUUCUGACUCAGGAGGACUGGAACAUGGUGCUGUACAACGGCAUGGCCUCCACCUCGCCCUUUGCCGCUCUCUAUUUUGUGGCUCUCAUGACGUUUGGAAACUAUGUGCUCUUCAAUUUAUUGGUUGCCAUCUUGGUUGAGGGCUUUCAAGCUGAGGGAGAUGCAAACCGCUCUUACUCAGAUGAUGACAGGUCUUCCUGUAAUUUUGAGGAGAACGAUAAGCAGAGAGACUCUCUGCAUCUCUCAGACCCAAAGAUCAGUACGCUGACCCCAAAUGGGCACCUGGACUUGUCCUCACUUCCUGCCGGUCUGUUUCCAGGGGAGAGGUUGACCUUUGCUCUCGGCUCCAGGAAGAAUAGUGCCAUUUCUCUCGGCAGGGCCAACCUGGAGCAGAGGGCUGUGUAUUCAGGUCGGCGUUACCACAACUGGGGGCGCCCAGCAUCUCCCCAGCCUCAGGCCUUUUGGGCCCGUCGCUCCAGCUGGAACAGCCUGGGAGGCAUCCACCCCUGCUCUUCCUCAUCUCCCUGCGCUAGUCCAGCCUUCACCUCUGCAAGGUCCUUCUAUGGCUACGGCCUAGGUGGCCUCGGAGGGUUGGUUGGGGGAAGUCUCCGUAUCCGUGGUCCCCGUGCCUCCUCAUCCCCACGCCGACAUGUCCAACCAGAUGAGGAGGAGGCUCUGCUCUCCCCUCCUCCCGUUGCUUCUCACUCUCUCCACCUUCCCCAUCCUGUGCUCCCAGGUCACUUUGUGCCCAGGAGAGACCGCAGAGCUCUAUCACUGGAGCUGCCCCACCUGCUGCAGGUCCCCGGACCCCCACCGCUUCCACUGCCACUUCCACACCACCCAGCGCCCCCCAUGACACUCCACAGGAAGAAGAGCUUCUCUGGGGGGAUAAUAAUCAGUGGAGGUGGUGGCGGUGGGCUCGACAGUCUUGGAGGCUUAGGAGGGGUCCACCAAGACUGUAAUGGGAAGACUCCACUGUCCCAGCUUCUCCAGCUCCCACCCAGACACCAGACUGAGCAAGCUGGAGGGGCGAACCCCCAGAGCCAACUGUUGACUGACGUCUUCCCCCAGGUGAACGCACGAAGCAAGGACCGGGAGGACCUGGACGAUGACAUUGAAUAUAGCUUGUGCUUCCGCAUCGAGAAGAUGCUAGAGGCGUACAGACCAGACUGGUGUGAGACCAGAGAGGAUUGGUCCGUCUUCCUAUUCUCCCCACAGAACAAGUUCAGACAGAUCUGCCAGUCCAUCAUAGCCCAUAAGCUGUUUGACUAUGUGGUGCUGGCCUUCAUCUUCUCCAACUGCAUCACAGUAGCUCUCGAGAGGCCCAAGAUAUUACAGGGCAGCUUGGAGAGAGUCUUCCUCACCAUCUCCAACUACAUCUUUACUGCCAUCUUCGUGGGCGAGAUGACACUCAAGGUGGUCUCCAUGGGUCUGUAUGUGGGGGAGCAGGCGUAUCUCCGCAGCAGCUGGAACAUUUUGGAUGGCUUCCUGGUGUUUGUGUCUCUGGUUGACAUUGUUGUGUCCAUGGCGGGUGGGGCCAAGAUCCUCGGGGUGCUCAGAGUACUUAGGUUGCUGAGAACAUUGCGUCCCCUCAGGGUGAUUAGCAGAGCUCCGGGUCUGAAGCUGGUGGUGGAGACCCUCAUCACGUCUCUCAAACCCAUUGGCAACAUUGUCCUCAUCUGCUGUGCUUUCUUCAUCAUCUUUGGCAUCCUUGGAGUACAGCUGUUUAAAGGCAAGUUCUUCUACUGCUUCGGCCCCGAUGUCAAAAACAUUACCAACAAGUCUGACUGUAUGCAAGCCAACUACAAGUGGGUUCACCAUAAGUACAACUUUGACAACCUGGGACAGGCUCUGAUGUCCCUGUUUGUACUUGCCUCCAAAGACGGCUGGGUUAACAUCAUGUAUCACGGCCUGGAUGCUGUGGGUGUGGACCAACAGCCGGUGACCAACAACAACCCAUGGAUGCUGCUGUAUUUCAUCUCCUUCCUUCUCAUCGUCAGCUUCUUCGUCCUUAACAUGUUCGUUGGUGUGGUGGUGGAGAACUUCCACAAGUGCCGCCAGCACCAGGAGGUGGAGGAGGCCAAGAGGCGAGAGGAGAAGCGCCAGAGGCGCAUGGAAAAGAAGAGGAGGAAAGCCCAAAAGCUGCCCUACUAUUCCAGCUACGGCCACAUACGCCUGAUGAUCCACACACUGUGCACAAACCACUACCUGGACCUCAUCAUCACCUUCAUCAUCUGCAUCAACGUCAUCACCAUGUCCCUAGAGCACUUCAAUCAACCUCACUCUCUGGAUCUCGCCCUGAAGUACUGCAACUAUUUCUUUACCUCCACUUUUGUGCUGGAAUCAGUACUGAAACUCAUCGCCUUUGGCUUCCGCCGCUUCUUCAAAGAGAGGUGGAACCAGUUGGACCUGGCCAUUGUGCUCCUGUCAGUGAUGGGCAUCACCCUGGAGGAGAUAGAGAUCAGUUCUGCCCUGCCCAUCAACCCCACCAUCAUCCGGAUCAUGAGAGUACUGAGAAUAGCACGAGUGCUGAAGCUGCUGAAGAUGGCGACAGGAAUGAGAGCCCUGUUGGAUACGGUGGUCCAAGCCCUGCCUCAGGUGGGUAACCUGGGUCUGCUUUUCAUGCUGCUGUUUUUCAUCUACGCCGCCUUAGGAGUAGAGCUUUUCGGAGAACUUGUUUGUAAUGAAGACUACCCAUGUGAAGGAAUGAGUCGUCACGCUACCUUUGAGAACUUUGGCAUGGCCUUCCUUACCUUGUUUCAAGUCUCCACGGGCGACAACUGGAAUGGCAUCAUGAAGGACACACUGCGGGAGUGCCCACCAGACAACGGCAUCGACGUGGACUAUGCCUGCAAUCCGAGCCUUCAGUUUAUCUCGCCCAUGUACUUUGUCUCCUUCGUGCUCACCGCCCAGUUUGUGCUCAUCAAUGUGGUGGUGGCCGUGCUGAUGAAGCACCUGGACGACUCCAACAAGGAGGCCCAAGAGGAGGCGGAGAUGGAUGCAGAAAUUGAGCUGGAGCUGGCCCAGGGCACCCUCUGUUGCAUGGGCGCCCCCAGUUGCGGGGGUGGGGGGUUGGAGAAAGGACUGGUCGCUGCGGGAACGGGGCCUGGGGGAACGGCGGGAGGAAGAGAGCGAGGAGACGCCCGAGGAGGGGAAGGAGUGAGGAAGAUGAGGCACGCAGCAGCCGCUGCACUCCAAGGGCCGUACAACCCCCACGGCUCCAGUCGGACCCUGUACUCACCAGCACAAGAGAGCCAGUGGCUGGACAGCGUGUCUCUCCUCAUCAAGGACACUUUGGAGGGGGAGAUGCUGAUGAUAGACAACCUCUCCGGCUCUGUCUUCCACCACUACUCCUCUCCUCCACCCAUCUGCAAAGACUGCAAGAGUCACCCACAAGAGCAGAUCAGGAUGGCAGAGAUUGAGCAGGCGUCACUGAAAUCAGAGCUGCUGUCAGACAAGUCGUCGUCCCCUGCCCUGCCAGAUGACCUCAGCCUGGAUGAACAUACGGCCUACCAGCUGCUGGCGCGAGGCGACAAGGGAAGGUGCAGCAGUGACUCUCACAGCUCUGAGGAGGCCGGCGGUGGAGGAAGUCAUGUAGAGGGCCACCACACUCACACAGUGGUGCAGAGCCAGGUGCAGGGGCUGGGUCAGCCCGCCAGGGCCCUCUGCACUGGUGCUGAGAUGGAAACCACGCUACAGGAGAUGGAGACGCAAACGCACCAAACACACAUGUGCUCACCUCACUGCAGCCCCGGUGCUGUGUCCGGGAGCAGCAACAGAGAAAUAAACAAAGAAGGACGAGGAGCCAGUGGCAUUUCUCCUCUCUUCCGUCUGCCUGCAGACUUCUUCCACCCCGCAGGAGUCGUCAUCCCAGCACCUCCCCGCAGCAGGAGCCUGAGGUUGACAAGGGUCCAUAAGAUGACCUCUCCAGCCUCCUGGGCUUCACUCCGCUCCCCGGGAGCUCAUAGCAAGAUGCUCUGUACACAGUACCCCUCCCACAGUGACUCGUCCCUUGCUACAGGCAGCUCCGAGGGCAGCCUCCAGACCACCCUGGAAGAGGGACUGAGCUUCAGCAUCUCUCCGCCACAAAACUUGGAGCUGCCGUUGCCAAGAGCUCCCUUACCACUCGUGUGCCCAAUCCCAUUGGCCAAAGAUGGGACUAUCCUUUCCUCCCCAGUCCAGACCCCAAGACCAAGGUCCAGCCCCUCAUCUGUGCUAACCCUUCAGGCCACCAGAGGCCACCAGCGGAGCCAGAGCAGCGGGCGAGGCAGCACCAGCCCUUGCUACACCCGUGACGACUCAAUUGACCCCUCAGAUGAGGACCUGGGUAUCGGUAUCGGGUCGUCUAUUGGUGGUUGUGGCUCCAGCCAAGCGGGCAACAGUGAACACUUGUCGGAGACGCUGAGCAGCUUGUCGCUGACAUCACUGCUCUCACCCAGCUCCCUGGUGUAUCCAGGAGGAGCAGUGAAGAAGUGCAACAGCACAGGCAGCCUGGACCAGGGGGGGAUGUUGCUGUCGUCCCGUAGCAAGGAUGGCCGCAGGGAGAUUCUGGGCCUGGAGCUUAUGGACCCCCAGGGCUUCCUGGCCAAUCCCUGGACAGGGGUAUUGGUUGAUAAAAGAAGAGGAGACGGAAGAGAGGAAAUUGGAGAUGGAGAACAAGGAUUGAAAGGGAAGAGCUCAAGCCAAACAACAGUAGGGCCUUGUCGGAAAAACAGAUGAAACCGACUGUUUACUCUUCCUUUGUCUCUCCAUUCCUUGGAUCUAAACCCAUUGCUGUCCUACUCACUCUCUCAGUUCCCAUCAGCGAGAGAGAGGCUCGAUGACACAUGAUGACCCGUAUUCCAAAACCAAACCCUCAUCUGUCCCCUUCAACCCCUUUUCAAUACAUUUGUGACAAGCCCAUGUCCUAUUUUGUGCUACCUAUGAGGAGUGGUCUUGGUUAUGGUCUGCUGGUGAGAACGUGGCCUGCAGAUAUAAGGCCAAAAAGAUGAAGAUAGAUCCUGAUAGGAGGGACUGUGCCUGUAGAGGAGGCAGUGGAAAGUUCUGCUACAUUGGGAGACCAGGGUGCCCGUUUAUUUCAGAGAGUCAGUAGGAGCAGAGACAAAAGAGCUUCAACUCAAAGACACAAGAACGAGUCUUGUUGAUGCUCUAAUGUAGUUCCCUCUCCUCCGUGUUGGCUCGGGCUCACCGAGGUUUAAAAUGCAAAAACAGAAGUACCCAAACUGAAAUAGCUAUUCCCACCAACAGAGACUGUUUUGAUUUGUUUAUGUCUCAGAGGCAGUGCAGCAAGUAAGUAGGCGGAGGCUCAGAGAUGGCGGAACAUAUCAAGGUGCAAAAUAAGACUGGGAAAGAGGAGAAGGCAGGUCAUUUGUUUGGCUGGGAAAUCAGAAAGCGGAUCUAAUGUCCAUCUGUUCUGGCAGACGGAAACAACGGGUCCUACUCACUCCGGCACAGGACCUUCUGCUGAGUUCAGAGUCGGAUGUGAGGUGGAGGAGAGUUCAAGAGUGUGUGCUCAUAGUGCGUGUGUGUGCCUGUGUGUGGGAGCACUGCCUCAGGUAUCCAAGGCAUGACUUAAUAUAAUAAUUAUCAUCACUUCACCAUACCUCUGAACUUUUUAAAACAGGAGAUGGGUAAGGGUACGAUCAAAGCUCUGUGCCUCUGUCAACUUGGUCUUGAGUGGCAGUGGAAAAUGAAAAGAAAUGAUUGCAUGGAGUGGUUCGUGAAAUUGGUUAUCUUUCUUCCCAACGCCAGCGCCUCUCACUCACUCAGACAUGGAGAAUUGAGUACGAAAAAAGGACGAGGUUGAUGGAGCUUCACAAACCCCAUCAGGAGAAACAAUGAUGCGGUCUUUUGGGGGGUAGGCUGGAGUGCACCAAUACAUGGUCCACAGCCGGGUAAUAAAGUGACACUUGGAGCACACCUGAAGGAAUUUUAAGAUGAAUGGACAAAACCACAACGGAUGCGAGAGACCUUGACUGCAUGAUGGAACUUCAUUUAACCAAGAUUUUUUUUUUUUUAAUCUAUAUACAGAUGUGUAUCAAGAUGUCAAUGUUGGGUGAUUACCAUGUGAUUUCUAUUCCACUAUUUUUGUAGAAAAGAGAAUAGGCACGUGCAAGUGUUGCCGUUACUUUGUCCAAAUUUAAUUUACCCAUCUGGUCUCUUUGACUUGUUUUCUAGGACUUUUUGUCUGCCAGUGGCUUCCAGUUUUAUAACAUUUUUUAAGGUUUGGACAGUAUGUAAACAACAAAGCAAAAAAUUUCGAAUCAACUUUGUGCGCUGAAGUGAUUGUUCCCUCCAGCACAUUUCUCUUUGGGAACAUUAGUUCCUCAUGGGUUUUUUUUUUCUUCUUUUCCUUGUGUUUUGAGUCCCAGAGGACAACCAGAGAUGGGAUCAGCCAUAUUCACUUAGCACAUGGGGAUUGCUCCGGCUCACAGACGUUACUGGCUGAGCUUUGUUUGCUUCUUAGCCUGCUAUGCUGGAAAAAAAAACCUGAAUAGCGAUAACCAUCUCUUUCAAAGCUUUAAUUUAAGAGUUACACCACAACAUAUCGAUUAUGGACACAUUAGUAUUCCAUGAGCAUGGUUCUGGGAUUGCAAUGUUUUUUUCUUGAAAUGACACCUUAAUGCACUCAUCUUCUCUUCCCCAUCUCUUCGCACAUACAGUAUGUUGUAGCAACCCUUUCACACGCACCAUAGUUAAAUAUCAAAAGCUGACACUGUAACAACGAACAGAGCUUUAAUGCAAACUCAUCUUGGCUUCUGCCACUUGAUUAAUCGCUCCAUCGAAAAAAGAAAAAAAAAAGAGACGCUCAUUUUGAACCUGAUUUCUAGAGGUAGACUGUUGUUACCCGUUGUAUUUUGGACAUUACCUGACUUUUUUUUAAAUUUGGUGAUGUGAGAAAAUCCAAGGGUUUGACCUUUUUUUAUCAUGCAAAAUCACUUUGAUGACUAUAUGUUUUGUCACAUGACGUUGGGUAAUGAUGAGUGAUUGAAGACAGUUGUGUGUGUGUGUGUGUGUGUGUGUGUGUGUGUGUGUGUGUGUGUGCGUGCGAGCGUGUCUAUGACUUCAGGUGAAGUGAAAGCCUUUUCCUGAAGUGUCCUGUUUGUCGGUAAGGAUAUCUGAGACGAAGGGAUGAAGAAGGAAAACACAAAGCAACCAAGGGCUGUUUUAGCUUCAAAGACGUGUCCUCCUAUCUUUCUGAGACAAAUCCUUGUGUCAACGAAUACGGCAUCAAGCGUUAAAGCGUGACGAUACAGCAAUAAAUGUUCCAUGUGUAUGCCCUGAGUAAAUGAUGUCAACGUGAUUUUUAUCUCCUCAGAAUACAACAGUAUUUAUUCUUUUUCCUCUGAACUCACAACGAAUGAGAUUCCGCCCUCUCGGAGACCAAUCGGGAGAGAGAUGGGCCACAAUUGGACGACAUUGACAAAUUAGGUCAUUGAACUCAGGUCGGGGGGUAAAAACCACUAUAAAAGUUUUAAAGAUAGCUGUAAAGGUGUGAUCAGGCUGAAGGCAAAGCAAAUCUCCGCCUUGCUUUAUUCGCACAAAUUGGACUGCUGGAGAGUUUUUGCACUCUCCGAACUUGAGCACUGCAAACAGCCAGUGCACCAGAUAUUUUUCUGCAUUUUAAACGUGUGCGGACGCGUUACUUUUGCUUCAAGUCAGGCUGCCUUGAAGAAAACCUGUGAAGUGAAUUUGUAUGCAAUUUGUCCGAUGCCUCUGAAAUUUGCUUUGUGUUCAGUCUGAACACACUGUACGAGUGUACAAUUCACAUUUGUACAUAUCUUUGUAUUCUGAUCUGCAUGUGUGCAUUGCUGCCAGUGACCAUGAUUAUAUCAUUAGUAUGCAUUUCAUAAAAUUGUACAAAGUUAAA